UGGAAAAGAUGGCAACGUUCACUAGAGCUCAAUGCUGCGUGGUGGGCGGCGCCGCGAGGGGCGAGACACCAAGUGUAGUCUGCUAGCAGUGGUGGAGUGUUAUGCCCGCCGCUCUCCUCCACGUGCAUUGACUUGCCGAUGUCUCUCCCUCUGUUGUGACGUGAUUUACCCUCAAUCAAGAGUGCGUUACAGUGUUGUGGUGAAAUAUAUACUGUACAGCUACAUCGUGAAACUUGUAUGAUCAUGUGAUGUGGGUAUAAACGUGAUAACGUGAAUGUGGUGGUUAAUCAGGUGGGGCACAUAUGUAAACGUGAAACUUGUGUGGACGUGUGGUGGUGUGGUGAGGCAGCCUGUGGACUUGGACAGAUUGUGGUCGGCGCUGCAUCAAUAAUGUGAUACAAUGAAAUUAUGUACUCUUCUUCCCAGUGUCUUAUAUUUGAUGAUGUGAGUGAUUACCAACAAUAUUUGUUGUUUAUGUGAAUAAUGCUUGCCCCAUGCUAAAGUUCUGUGCGUGAAUCUCUGUCACCUUACCGUGAACUAUGAGUGCGUUGUGGAAGCACUGGCAUUGUUACAACGACGCCACGAAGAAAAGAACCUGCAUGAAGGCUUUCCUGGCCGUAAAGUUCAGUGCAUGAAGGAAGGGUUGGUGCCGAGACUUGGCGCAGUACUUCAGAAAGGUGGAGAUUGCAGGGCAGUCCUUGGUGUCACGGCCGGCAUGAAAGUGCUGGCGGUCACUUUAGGCAGGUCAUCUCGGCCUCGCCACGAUGACCACUUCCACCACGCCACCCGCAAAGAAGACUCCAGAGGCCUCAUCGACGAACGCUCCUCCAAGGCAAACGAAGGUAUGGUGGGUCAGAGGUCCGGUGGGAAAAACUCCGUCUCGAGGUGCAGGCAGGACUAUUCUGAUCAAGCUGAUGACGGCAGGGAGGCGGAGUCUAGCCGGGGCCUGAUAUGCGCCCCCCAAAACGAGGCCAAAUCCGCCAGGGUGAUAAGGGUCCCGCGGGAGACAAUGAGUGCCCACCGGAGUAAGCUCGUCAGGAACUCGUCUAUUAACAAGUGGAGGGCAAAGUUCAGGCGGCAGCCCCUGACCUCAGAGACCGCAACAGAAACGGACACGGAACAAUUACUUGAUGAGACGGAGAAUAAUGUGAAGACACCUCCCAAACCAGAGAGAAGAGGCCGUGACGCUUGCUCGCCCAAGGAGAAAACAAAAGGCCGCAGCGCACCGCCAUCAGAUAGUGACAACAACAGUAACAAGCGGGACAAGACUAUCAACUACAUAAAUAUGGCGAAGAAUAAAAACAAUAUAAUAUUAUCCAAUAAUAAAACCGGCACUAGUGUAAGGCAGGAGGCGGCGGAGUGGGAGCAUCGGGAGUGUAGUAACUCAAGCAGCAAGCUUCAACAGGAGUGGUCCAGUGUGCCGCCUCCGAGGUGUGUGACGCCCCACCGCGUGCAGCUCAGAGGAGAGUUUAUUCCCUGGGUGGGCCCCAUUAGCCAAAGAGACAGCGACAGUCCCAGGUAUUUGCCCAUGAGUGGGGGACAUGCUUCCUCGGCCCUCAGCACCCCACAGCCGGCGGGUGGCAGCUCCGCCUCGUGCCAAAGACCGUUGUCAUCCGCAGCAAGUCUCUCCCGAGAAACACCACAAGGACACAUGAGCUCCUGGCCUCGACCCUCCAGGGCCGGCGGGCGGCGCGGUGUGGAGGGCGUUUACAAGGUCCCGUCGGAGCUGUGUCCCAGAGCCGUGUGUCCGCCCAGCCCAGCGAGUGACCUUGUCCGGUCGAACACAGCCUCCGGUUCUAACUCUCAUUUUGGUACAUUCCCACGCAGAAGACUCUCCCAGAAAGGUAAGCAAGCACUCUCUGCACAUUGUUUCAAUUAACUGUAAUUAGUUAUAAUGAUGCAUGCGACACAUUACCCGCUUUGAUGAUAUUGGGUGUCGCUUUGAAAUACUGUAAUCACUAAGACGGACGGUGUUUACUUCUGAAUGCAAUUAUGGAGCGCCGUGCCACGCAGGUCACAACCGCUUGUGUCCAUUGUUGCCAGCAUGUGCCGCGCUUGCUCCCCCCUGGACCAGCAGCACGAGCUGUGGGGUCCAGCCUUGUGGCCUGCUGCUGCUGCUGCUAUUUUUUUCUUUUAUCUUCUUUGUGUGUGUGUGUGUGUGUGUGUGUGUGUGUGUGUGUGUGUGUGUGUGUGUGUGUGUGUGAGAGAGAGAGAGAGAGAGAGAGAGAGAGAGAGAGAGAGAGAGAGAGAGAGAGAGAGAGAGAGAGAGAGAGAGAGAAUGUUAAUGGGGAACAGGCUAUUGUUUCCUGCCUGUUAAGACAUUCUUCAGUCACGUGCUGACUGAGCUGAGUUAAAACACUCAGUAAGUGUUUUACGCCUUGACAGUUAUUGACCUUUCGUGAACUCAUCGCAUUCUCAUUUUGCUCGUGUGUGUUGUUCCCAAGGCUGAGCAAAGCGUGAAGGCGCUCAGCACAUGUAAGCCUCUGCUCAAUGAGGGACGAAUGCAGCUCCCGUUGUUAGAUCAGGUAACCUGCUUCUGCCUCGGUGAUUAUAAUUCCUGGGUAAUAUAUUAAGCAAAGAGUUCCUGUAUCCAGACCCCAACGUGCCUCCCACACUUGGCUGUCAGGCUGUGGCGUCGGCUGCUUGUAUAUGGCCUUACUUGGUUCUGGACCCAGCGCGGUAUAAAUUAGGGUCUUCAGAAUACACCAGAGCGCACCAUCAGCUUAUUAUGCAAACACAUGUGAGAAUACGUGUAUUCCUUGAUAGGCACUUGUUGUCUGAUAUCAUGGAGAUCCGAGUGGAGUCCUGUGUGUGUUGAGACGGUGGAUAGAAUCUAUCGUCCAGUAAUGACGAAUAUACUGCAGGAAGGGACGGCCCUGCCCGUCACUUGAUGUUAUGAAGCAAGGCCUGACAGUUUAUUCUGCCUUCGUUCGGAACAGCGGGGGAUGGGUAGCCCUGUAAACCUUUCCUUGAAAUACUUGAAGGAAAAAAAUUACAAAAUCAUCAGUUUGGUAUAUUACCUUUCAACAUUAGAAACGAUGACCAUUCAUUGACGGCGCUGCUCGAUGUGUAGUGUUGCUUCCUUUGAGGUGAUAUUCCCUCAUCACCCGCGCCAUCCUUCCAGUCUUUGGCGGCGGAUCACGUCAGGAGCCUCUUUGUUGACUGAACUUGUUGCUUAACAGUGUUCCUAUUAAGUUUAAGAUUUGCAUCUUGCUAUUUUACAAGACCACAAAACUGCUCGCCUAGUUACUUGGGACGUUUGGAGCCGCAUCCCUGUGCCUGUAGGGCCCGCGUCCUGUGCGUGUGACAUUGUCGCGGCGUGUGUGGUUGCGUUGUCUCACCCGGCAACACGGCGAAGGAACAGAGAUGCCCUGCCCAGUAAAGUGCUUACCGGCAACUCUCAUUAUUAAGUGCUUCAUGUCCACUCCACAACACGUCCGGCCAGUAACUCGGGGCUCGGACCAUCACACCCUCUCCCCCCUCGGAGCCUCUCCCUCUGUAACAGUCUGUUUCAUAAUGCAUUUUACCCUACUCAUCUAUUCCUUCUCCUCGCAGCGCCACCAGAAUCAAACAAGGAUCCUGGAAACCCAGCGCAGAGCAUCGUUAACGUUUUGAGUGCAGGUCAGAAGAAUUCCAGGCGUCAGAGGAGGAGGCCAGGGACGAAUAUGAAACUGUUUUUUUUUUUUUUUCGCGGAGUUGGUUUUGCGUUGUGGCCGAGGAGUGGCGACGAGGCGGGUGGGAGGUGCCGCGGGUAUGAGCGUCUCAGGGGAGCCAGCAAGAGUCAGCUUUAAUGGGCUGCCUCCGAUAUACGGCCGCGUCAACCUCGUAAGUCCGGGGAUGAUCGGUCCACUUCUGCCUUGAUUCCGCCUCCAGGCCUGGCCACUCCGCCAGUAUGUUUAUAAUUAUAGCAAGCUGAGCCACACGUUUUCACUAGCUCACACACACACACACACACACACACACACACACACACACACACACACACACACACACACACACACACACACACACACACACACACUUUAUCCUGAGUACCAGAGAACAUAGCUGUGUGAAUCAUUCAGGCCAGGGGUUACAAAACAUACUUCCUGAGUAUGAAUUUGACAGGAAAAAUAAAAUUUUAACAUCCAGGGCAAAUUCUGUUACUUAAAUAAUUUGUUGUUGUUAUCUAUAUUAGAAAGCGGAAAUUAACUUUGUAAAAUGUCAAAAUGUUUGUGGAAUUUCCAAGGACUUUGGUGUGCUUCUUAUGAAACAGUACUACUUAUUUCCGUAGAGUUGCAGCCGAGCAUCGUAGUCCAGCCCCAAACCACCUGCACCUUCCGCCCGGGGCAUUCAUUGCCGCAGGUCACUUGCUUGUUGCCCGGAAACACUCCAUCACCUGGUGACUCUGAAAAUGUCGUCUUAACACUCAAGCUUCGUCUCUUAUCUCGCCUCGCUGGAACAGAUGCUGUCUAGACAAUGUUAGUGUGUGCUCACCUGCUUCCUGCACAAGUUAGUUAUGUAGCUACUGUUCCUGUGAUUUGGUAUCGAUAUGCCGUUAGGGAACACAGGUGCUGUCUCACCAGACGCUCAUCCCCAGGUCCCUUGCUUUCUUACAUCAAUAACCUGAAGGCGGACUAUAACUCAUUUGGUGGACAUUCCGUCAACUCGUGGCAGCUUAUUUGUUUUUCAAAGCGCUGAGAACAAUGAUUCAAAAUUGCUACAGAUAAGAUCCAAAUAGACGGAUAGGUAGAGUGAUAAGAUCAAGUUUUAUUGAGUAAGAGUGAAUGGAAACCUCGAAUGAAGCCUCCGACAAAAAGUAAAAAUAAAACAUCUCGAAAAUUCAGGAGCUUAAAAUCACUUCAUACAAAAGGAGAGAUUUGCUUCGAGAGUGACUAUUAAUGGUGGACCGUCAAGUAGCCCGGCCUUGCUCAGUGCUGCAAGCUAGAAAGUGAAGACAGAAAGAGAUAUUUAGUAUAUUCCCGGGAGGAGUCUGAAUACGGGAACUGAAGUGUGUGUGGAAGCUGUGCUGUGGUGGCCUGCUGCAGGUGGAGGUUGAAGAAUAGGCAUCAGGAAGGAGGGAUAGAGAAACGACACGAGUCCUUGCUGCAUAGUACUUCAAGACUGCAAAGCUUUAUGUUGCACACACACACACACACACACACACACACACACACACACACACACACACACACACACACACACACACACACACACACACACACUGAUGAGAGUGGCAGUCAGGAAGGGUGCCAAAACAGCGACGAGACUCACAGCAAUUCAAGGAGAUCUGACCUAAUGAAAGAAGUACA